UUGCAAGAAUGUCUGAACAACGUGGAAGAGGACGAGCUCGAGCGCGUGCAGGCAGAGGAGGCGAUAGCGCACCGCCACCACGACGUCCCGGCGAGCAACAACGAGGCCCGCCUCAACAGCAACCGGCUCCCCCCAGGACCCCGACCUCAACCACCUUCGGCUUGGGGCCCGCCAACUGUAGCCCCUCCUGUUAGAGCAGGCGUCCCUGUGCCUUCAGUUCAAGCAGGGCGUGCCUCUCAUCGAACCACGCCAACUACACAUGAUCAUCCUGGCGAUGUCGAUAUACAACAGCGUAUGCAAACGUUAGAAAUUGGGCAGCCAUCGGCUUCUGGAGGAGGUGAUGCUGGUGGAGCACUUGCAGGCCGCGGUUCUCGUCGUGGUGGUGGUCGAGUUCUGCCAGAGCAAACUGCUAUUUUACGAACACGACCAGCUAAUGUAACCUCCAAAAAAGGUUCCUAUGGGCACCCCUUGGAUUUAUUAGCUAACUAUUUUGCUGUGGAAACUACACCACAGUGGCGUCUCUAUCAAUAUCAUGUAGACGUUUCCCCUGAAGAAGACAGUACUGCGGUGCGCAAGGGCUUGCUUAGAGUUCACAGCAAAACUCUUGGAGGAUAUCUAUUUGAUGGGACAGUCCUAUAUACUAUUAAACGUCUUCACCCAGAACCCUUAGAGUUAUACUCUGAUCGCAAAACUGAUGGAGAACGCAUGAGAUUAUUGAUCAAAUUGACCUGUGAUGUCAGCCCAGGUGAUUAUCACUAUAUUCAGAUAUUUAACAUAAUUAUACGAAAAUGCUUCAACCUGCUACAACUUCAACUUGUUGGAAGAGACUUCUUUGAUCCUGUGGCAAAGGUUGACAUUCCAGAGUAUAAACUGCAAAUUUGGCCUGGAUAUAAAACUACUAUUAAUCAGUAUGAAGACAAAAUAUUGAUGGUGACAGAAAUUGCACAUAAGGUUUUACGUAUGGAUACUGUGCUCCAAAUGUUGAAUGAAUAUGCAGCUACAAAGGGUGCAAAUUACAAGAAAAUAUUUUUGGAGGAUAUUGUGGGUAAAAUUGUAAUGACAGAUUACAACAAGAAAACAUAUAGGGUUGAUGAUGUUACUUGGCAGGCAAACCCCCGAUCUACUUUCAAAAUGAGAGAUGGUGACGUUUCCUACAUGGAUUAUUAUUAUAAGAAAUACAACAUUCGUAUCCAAGAUGUUGGGCAACCAUUAUUGAUAUCACGUUCGAAGCCGCGCGAGAUCCGCGCCGGCAUGCCUGAGAUGGUGUACCUCGUGCCGGAGCUGUGCCGGCAGACCGGACUGUCGGACGCCAUGCGUGCCAACUUCCAAUUGAUGCGUACCCUGGCCGUUCAUACUAAGAUCGGCCCUGAUAUGCGCAUCAAAAAAUUGCUCGAAUUUAACAGACGACUCACACAAACUAAGGAAGUUGUUGCUGAAUUGGCGUCUUGGGAUAUGAAACUUUCAAACCACUUGGUGAACAUAAAAGGAAGACAACUUCCACAAGAAAAUAUAGUGCAAGGAAAUAACCACAAAUAUCCUGCAGGAGACACCACCGAUGGUUGGACAAGGGAUAUGAGAUCAAAACCACUGCUUUCCAUUGCAAACCUGCCAUCGUGGGUUGUAAUAACACCAGAACGACAAAGACAAGAUGCAGGAAGUUUCGUCAACAUGAUUAUAAAAACCGGUGAAGGUGUUGGCUUCCGUAUGCCGCGACCUGAAAUUGUUACAAUUCAACGGGAUGGAAAUAUGGAUUACGCGAAUAUGUGUGAGCAAGUGAUUGCAAGAAAAAAUCCUGCUUUAAUUCUCUGCGUUUUAGCCAGAAACAGUGCAGACAGGUACGAGGCGAUCAAAAAGAAGUGCACAAUAGACCGCGCGGUGCCGACGCAAGUCGUUUGUGGUCGUAACAUGACUAGCAAGUCUGCAAUGUCCAUUGCAACAAAAGUUGCCAUUCAGAUCAAUUGUAAGCUCGGUGGUGCCCCAUGGACAGUGGAAAUACCACUUAACACACUAAUGGUUAUUGGCUACGAUGUGUGCCACGACACGCGCUCGAAAGAAAAGAGUUUUGGUGCAUUCGUGGCGACACUGGAUCGACAAAUGACGCAAUAUUAUUCAGCUGUGAAUGCACACACGUCUGGAGAAGAAUUGAGUGCACACAUGAGCUUCAAUAUUGCCUCUGCUUUGCGGAAAUAUCGCGAAAAAAAUGGUACCCUGCCCAGCCGCAUAUUUAUCUACCGAGAUGGUGUAGGAGAUGGUCAUAUACCAUACGUACACAGUCACGAAGUUGCCGAAAUUAAAAAGAAGCUUACCGAAAUAUAUGGUGGACCUGAUUUUAAAAUGGCGUUUAUUAUUGUAUCAAAACGCAUAAAUACUCGAAUAUUCGUAAACACUGGAAGAUCUGGAGAAAACCCUAAACCUGGAACUAUCAUCGAUGAUGUUGUGACACUGCCUGAAAGAUACGAUUUCUACUUGGUGUCGCAGAACGUACGGGAAGGUACCAUUUCGCCGACAUCAUACAACGUCAUAGAAGAUACUACUUGCCUGGAACCUGAUCGCAUUCAACGUCUUACAUACAAAAUGACUUACAUGUAUUUCAACUGUUCUAAUCAAGUACGUGUGCCGUCUGUAUGCCAGUACGCGCACAAGCUGGCGUUCCUAGCUGGCAACAGUUUGCACAACCAACCGCAUUAUUCGCUCACUGAAACUUUGUACUUCCUUUAG